GGCAGGGGCGGGGGGGGGGCAGCCGGUGCUGUAGGAGGGGAGUCCGCUGCGGAAUCACUUGCGUGAUUCAUGCAUGCUGUGGAGAAGUGGAUUUUGCUGAAUCUUGAGCAGAGUUCUUUAGCAGUCUAGUCAUGGAAGACAAUUGUGUGGUUUUGAACCCUUUUGACGUUAGCCGUUCAGAGAUGGAGAAUAAAGAAGAAUCGUGUGUUUUGGGUGCAGCAAAGAAGGGAGAUAAGAAAAAGGAGCUGCCGCAGAGAACGAAAAUGAAAUUAAACCAGGUGAGGAAUAAAGCAUCUCCCUCUCUGAUCGGGGAUCACCCUGGUCAGCUUGACAGUCUGGAAAAACACGAUAAAGGAGACGAAAAGCAUACCUUCCUUCAGCGCCAGAAAAGCUUCCAUUCUGACUCGAACCUCAUCGCUCGUUGCACCAGUUACAUCAAGGAGCAGCCGUUUAAAUGUGAGAAGUGUGGAAGGAGCUUCAGCCUGAAUGCACACCUCAGUGCCCAUCGGCGGAUUCACACGGAGGAGAAACCCUUCAAGUGCUCCCAGUGCACCAAAAGCUUCAGCGUGAUCGCCGGCCUCACCAGUCACCAGAGAAGCCACACGGGCGAGAAGCCCUACAAAUGCGCGGAGUGUGGAAAAAGCUACAGUUCCAGCACCAGCAUGGCUUACCACCAAAGGACGCAUCGUGGGGAGAAACCUUACAAGUGUUUGGAAUGCGGGAUUGGCUUCAGUCUGAGCACCAGCCUCAUCUCCCACCAGCGGAUUCACACGGGCGAGAAGCCUUACAAAUGCCUGGAGUGCGGGAAGAGCUUCCGGGUGAGCACCAGCCUCACCUCCCACCAGCGGAUUCACACGGGGGAGAAACCCUACAAGUGCUUGGAGUGCGGCAAGAGCUUUUGCGUGAGCACGAACCUCACGUACCACCAGAGGACGCACACGGGGGAGAAGCCUUACAAGUGUCUGGAGUGCGGGAUUGGCUUCUGCCUGAGCACCAGCCUUACCUACCACGAAAGGAUUCACACAGGAGAGAAGCCCUACAAAUGCCUGGAGUGCGAGAUGAGCUUCCGGCGGAGUUCGGAUCUCAACACCCACCAGAGAAUUCACACGGGGGAGAAACCCUACCAGUGCAUGGUGUGUGGGAAGAGCUUCCGGGUCAGCUCCAGCCUCACUUCCCAUCAGAGAACGCACACGGGGGAGAAACCGUAUACCUGCUUGCAGUGUGGGAAGAGCUUCAGUAGAAGCACACACCUGAAUGCUCAUCAAAGAACCCACAGAGCAGCUGCUGUGUGAAUACUUAAGUCUGAAAGCAAAUCUCAUUGAGGGAUUCGCUCAAGGAACACACACACACACACACACACUGAUUAGAAUGUGGGACAAGAUUAAUUUGUAGUGGACCAAGUGGAGCAUAUUAAUGUUCUGGAACUACAAUAGGAAACCUAUUUCCCGUUCAUCUUCUUUGUCCGGAUGUCUUAGUACCUAACUUUUGUGUCUCCCCUACUUUCCUUCUGUAAAUGUGGGUUAAAACUUUGCAUAACUUCAGUGCUGAACUGUUAUACAAGUGACAAAUAAAAUCUUUAGUAUUGUC